UCAGAAAUAAACAGAGCAAAAGAAAGAACAGUGCAAAAUCAAGCAAUCAAAUUCUUUCCGGUGAAAGCAAUAAUGGCGGUCAAGACCAGCAAUCUCGCACUCAUCCUUCUCAUUGUGUCAGCUUUCCUUCUGGCACCAUCAGCAGCCGCGGCAGCGGACGGAGAAGGGACUCCGAAGCUCGGGACGGUGAUCGGAAUCGACCUAGGAACAACCUACUCGUGUGUGGCCGUAUCGAGAAACGGCCACGUGGAGAUCAUCGCCAACGACCAAGGCAACCGGAUCACACCCUCGUGGGUCGGGUUCACGGACUCGGAGCGCCUCAUCGGCGAGGCCGCCAAGAAUCAGGCACCUCAGAAUCCAGAACGCACCAUCUUCGACGCCAAACGCCUCAUCGGAAGAAGGUUUGAUGAUCCGGAGGUUCAGAAGGAUUUGAAAUUACUCCCUUACAGAGUUGUGAACAAGAACGGGAAGCCGUACGUUGAAGUGAGAAAAGACGGAGAGACCAAAACAUUUAGCCCCGAGGAAAUUAGCGCCAUGGUGUUGACCAAGAUGAAGGAGACGGCUGAAUCUUUCCUGGGAGAGAAGGUUAAACACGCAGUCAUCACCGUUCCAGCUUACUUCAACGACGCGCAGAGACAAGCGACCAAGGAUGCAGGGACAAUAGCAGGGCUGAACGUGGUCCGAAUCAUCAACGAGCCGACCGCGGCGGCGAUCGCCUACGGGCUGGACCAGAAGGGGAAAGAGAAGAACAUCCUGGUCUUCGACCUCGGCGGCGGGACAUUCGACGUCAGCAUCCUGACCAUCGACAAUGGAGUCUUCGAGGUGCUGGCGACCAGCGGCGACACUCAUUUAGGAGGGGAAGAUUUCGACCACAGAGUAAUGGACUACUUCAUCAAGCUGAUCCAGAGGAAGUACGGGAAAGACAUUAGCAAGGACAACAAGGCCCUGGGGAAGCUGCGGAGGGAGUGCGAGCGAGCCAAGAGGGCGCUGAGCAGCCAGCACCAGGUCCGAGUCGAGAUCGAGUCGCUGUUCGACGGGGUCGAUUUCUCCGAGCCCCUGACCAGGGCGAAGUUCGAGGAGAUGAACAUGGACCUGUUCAAGAAGACAUUGAGGCCCGUGAAGAAGGCGAUGGAGGAUGCGAGGCUGAAGAAGUCGGAGAUCGACGAGAUCGUGCUCGUCGGAGGGAGCACUCGGAUUCCCAAGGUUAGGGAGCUGCUCAAGGAGAUGUUUGAUGGCAAGGAGCCGAACCAAGGUGUGAAUCCUGAUGAAGCUGUAGCUUAUGGCGCGGCGGUCCAAGGUGGCAACCUCGGCGGAGAUCAAGCCAACACUCGAGACAUACUUCUAAUUGAUCUAACUCCCCUGAGUCUGGGUAUUGAAACUGUUGGUGGAGUUAUGACUAAAUUGAUCCCAAGGAACACUGCCAUUCCCGCUAAGAAGUCACAAGUGUUCAGCACAUACCAAGACCAACAAACAACCGUAUCGAUCAAGGUGUACCAAGGAGAAAGAGCCCUGACGAAGGACUGCAAGGAGCUAGGCCAAUUCGACCUCUCCGGCAUCCCACCCGCACCAAGAGGCGUGCCCCAGAUCGAAGUGACGUUCGAAGUGGAUGUGAACGGGAUCCUGAGCGUGACAGCUGAAGACAAGGCGGCGAAGAAGUCGCAAUCGCUGACGAUCACGAACCACAAGGGGACAUUGAGCCAGGAGGAGAUAGAGAUGAAGGUGAAGGAGGCCGAAGAGAUGGAGGAAGAGGACAGGAUGUUAAAGGAGAGGAUCGACUCGAGGAACAAGCUGGAGAGCUAUGUGUACAACAUGAAGAGCACGGUUGGUGACGGAAAUGGCGUGGGAGGGAAGAUUGGGGAGGAAGAGAAGGGGAAGGUGGAGAGGGUUUUGAAGGAAGCAUUGGAGUGGUUGGAUGAGAAUGAAAGGGUGGCUGGGAAGGAUGAUUAUGAUGAGAAGUUGAAGGAAGUUGAGGAUGUGUGUAAUCCGGUGAUUAAGGGAGUUUAUGAACAGCAGCAGCAGAGUGGAAGGAGUGAUGGUGAAGAAGAUGAUGAAGAGGGUUCUUAUGACGAGCUAUAGGCUAACAGACUGUCUGUCAUGGUUAAUGGAUUAUAAAGAUUAUUCUAUGUA